AUGGAUUCUAUUAUAGUGCUGGCGGAGGAGGGCAGGUUAUCGUCCUCGACUGCACCGGCUCGGAUCUGCAGCCGAGAGAGGGAGCAAGUCCACAGGGAGAAGGUCUACAUAGAGCAGGCCCACAAGGAGCAGGCGGAGCAGGUCCAUAGGUUUCAGGUCCACAGGGAGAAAGUCCAGGGAGCAGGUUCAUGGCUUCAGUUCAGUAAAGGUCUAGACCUGGUUCAUCGCUUAGAAGCUUACAAAGGCUUCAUCGCUCCAGGGAUUACUGAAAGACGUGAACUACCCCACCACAAGAGUUCACGAAGGAACAAAGAUGCAAUUGUUGUAUCAGAUGUGGUGAAGUGGUGA